AUUUAGGAGCAGCACAGCACGACCACGUCCGGUCCGCCGUCACUCCGGGAGCCAAGCCGGCCCCCGAGCGCGGCGGCCGCCGCCAUGGAGAAAGAAAUGGAAAAAAAUGUCUACAUCUCCGAAUCCGACCAGACCGAUGGCGAGCUGAUCGGCCAGUCGCCAACAGAUGAUAACACGACCGAUGAAAAGACGAAGAUAGCCACUUCCAACGGUAUCACCGGCACAGCUCGCCCAGAUGUCGCUGAAGCUGCCACCAAGACGGAAGGAGGAGAAGCGGUAGUAGCAGAGGGUGCAGCUAAUACUACUGCUGCUGCUACUACUGCCGCCCCCACAGCGGACACGGUACCCGAUGGAGGGCUUGUGGCGUGGCUGCAGGUCGUCGGGUCAGUAGCCAUCCUGGUCAACACUUGGGGCGUCAUCAACACAUUCGGCGUGUUCCAGGCGUACUACGAAGCGGAGCUGCUCAGGGACCACUCGUCGUCUGAAAUCUCGUGGAUCGGGUCGACCCAGGCGGCCCUGCUCUUUGUGGUUGGCGUCUUCGCCGGGCCGCUCUACGACGCCGGCUUCUUCCGGCACCUGCUGAUCACGGGCCUGUUCCUCAUCGUGCUCGGGCAGUUCAUGACGUCGCUGUGCACGGCCUACUGGCAGGUGAUGCUGGCGCAGGGGAUCGCGAUGGGGAUCGGCAUGGGCAUGACCUUCCUGCCGUCGGCGGCCAUCAUAAGCCAGUACUUCUUGCGGCACCGGGCGCUAGCGCUCGGCCUGUCGAGCGCCGGCUCGCCCGUCGCCGGCGUCGUCUUCCCCAUCCUCUUCGACCGGCUGCAACGGCGCGCCGGGUUCGGCUGGGCGACGCGCGCCAUCGCCUUCAUCCUGCUGGGCAUGUCGGCGAUCCCCAUCGCCUGCAUGCGCACGCGGCUGCCCCCCUCGGCGAGGCGGAGGUCGCUCAUCGACCGGAGCGCCCUGCGCGACGUGCCGUACGUGCUGUACGUCGUGGGCGGCGUCUUCGCCUUCCUGACGCUGUACGUGACCUUCUUUUACAUCACGCUGUUUGCGACCUCGCGCCACGUCGCGAGCGACAGCUUCGCCCCCUACCUAGUCACGCUGCUCAACGCCGGAUCGGUUUUGGGGCGCAUCAUCCCGAACGCGCUGGCCGACCGCUACGGGUCGAUGAACCUGAUGAUCGUGUGCAACUUUGUCUGUGCCGUCUUGGCGUUUAGCUGGCUGGGCAUCCGUAACCUCGGCGGGGCCGUGGUCUACGCGCUGCUCUACGGCGCCUUUUCUGGCGGCGUGGUCAGCCUCAUGCCGAGCGUCAUUGUCGGGCUCUCGCCGGAUAUGGGGCGCGUGGGUGCUCGAUUGGGCAUGGCCUUUCUGGUCAUGGGCAUCGCGAUCCUUGUGGGGACCCCGAUUGCCGGGGCGAUCCUGGGGAGCGAGGAGAAUCCCGAGUGGUUGGGUACCAGGUUAUAUUCCGCGUUUGGGCUCCUCGUGGCCACGGCCUUGUUCUGCACCUCGAGGGUCCUGGUGUUUAAGCGGAAGAGGGGCUGGAAGGCUUGAGCUGGGCGACCGUGCUCGCUGUCCUCCGGUGCGCCAUCUUAGCGUUCAUAUAAUUAGGGUUGUUUUUUAGACCCCGGUAGAUAAAUUGA